AUGGCUCUUCCCGAUAAAGACCCCGAUUCACCCUCAGUGGGCAAAAGUUCUACACUUUAUUUUCGUUCGUAUGCACAAGUGACCAAAGGUCAACGGUUCACUACACUCGGCCAGACGAAAGGUCUCAACUAUUCUUCUGCGGUCUCACCGACUGCAUCUUUGCCUGAUCAAGAAUCAACCACCUCUUCGACGUCUCAACCAGUGUUUCGCCGUGGAUCUGAAGAAUUUAGUGUGUUCUACGAUGUAACUGGCAAUAAGCUUCAACCCAAAGCUUUCUUUGACGCAGCUCGUCAACGUUUCCCUGUUGGAAUCGGCCUUGGUUCUCUCACUCAUCGUGAAAAUGGUCGCACUCUUGUUGAGCUCAUUCUUGACUCCGAGGACUCUUGCUCUGAAGCCUGCGAUCUCCCACUUCAAGUGUCAGCCGACGUCUCACUCACUGCCUCUCGAUCCAUGCCUCCUGAUCAUGAAGUCUUCCAGGUGAAAUUAGAAAAGUUACCAAUCCUCCCUAUGCAUGUCCUCGAAAAGGGGUUAAAAUCAUGCCUAUCCCAAUAUGGUCGUAUCUUAUAUCUUGGUCUCUACGAGGGGCCCAAUGCCAAUGGUAAUGCACGUAGCUUCUUUGCCACCUGGGCAGAGAUGGGUGACUACUGCCGGUACUGCCACAAAACAUCUCACAGCAUCAAUGCUUGCCCUGCUCGACCACCUCGUGUAUGCUUCAAUUGUGAACGGCCAGGCCAUUUGCAGCGAAAUUGCCCUGAGCCAGCGAACCCAUAUAAGCAUACCAAGAAGGCUAACACUGGUCCAGAUGUCCCUUCAAUGCCGUUCAAGUUUACCGCCACUAGAGAGGCAAAAGCUCCCGACGCCAAUGCUCGUGAUCCCAAAUCACGACGUUCCAAACGCCAGCGUACGUCGAGCAAAGUGAUACAACCUUUGUCGAAGGACCUUCUGGUCACCACCAUCUCGGAUGUUCCCGCGCCAACGUCCGCAACACCUCCAGCUGCUACUAAGCAAGCUGAAACACCCACCUCGAGUGAUAAAAUGACUAUUCAACCACCGUCUACCACCGGGUCACCAGCUGCCGCCAAUGAGCAGGAUACCAGUAAUUCGCCCGAAUCUCUACAAUCUCCCAUCAAACAAGGGAGCCGAUGA